GCUAGCUCGUGUCGCGCGUGAUGGCCGCGCCGUUUCUGCUCGUUCUUCUGCUCGUCGUCUCUGGGGGGGCUGCAGCGGGCGGCAACGACGAGGCGUGGCUUCCCCGGCUCGAGCUCCGAGGCAUCGACGACCCGGGCCGUGGGCACGCGUCCGUCGGGCCGGAGGAGCCGGUGGUCAUGGACGUUAUUAUCGCCACUGACGACGACGAGGCGGGCGAAACGCCCCUACUCGAGUUCCGUGGCAUCGACGACUCGGGCCGUGGGCACGCGUCCGUCGCACCGGAGGAGCCGGUGUACAUGGCCCGUGUCUCCACGGACGACGACGAGGCGCCUCGGCUCGAGUUCCGAGGCAUCGACGGCUCGGGCCGUGGGCACGCGUCCGACGCGCCGAAGCAUCAGGUGUUCAUGGACGUUAUGUCCGCCAACGGAUGCGCGAGGUUCGCGGGCCUCCUCGCCGCGAAGGCGAACGCGGGCGAGAUCUUCCAGCAGCGCCUCCUCGACGGACGCGGCCGCGGGCUCACUGUCUUCUGCCCCGACGACCUCGCGGUGGCGACGUUCAUGCCCAAGUUCGACAGCCUGAGCGCCGACGACCAGCUCGCCGUCCUGCUUCACCACGGCGCGGCGACGUGCUACCGGAGGGAGCAGUUCCGGGCGUUCGACUGGGUGUCGGUGAGCUCGCUGGCCACCGACGCGGCCACAAACAAGAUCCACGCCGUCACCAUCCGCGGCGACGGGGACACGGUGCGGCUGUGGCCGUCGUGCGCGAGCGUCGCUGGGGUCAGGGUGACCAAGACGGUGUCCGAAGAAGCCCCCCUCGCCGUGUACAUCGUCGACGCCGUGCUGCUGCCGAACCACCUGCGACAGAAGCUGGAUGGCGGCGACGAGCGAGCUGGUGCGUGCAAGCCGUCCGGCGGCUAUAUCGACUGGCUGCACUCCUGCAUCCCGGCCUGGGUAACGAUACUCGUGACCGUGGGCAGCAUGGUUGGCACCGUGGUCGGGUUUAUCAUCCGCCAGGACUGCUAGUUGCCGCACGAUUCACUGAACAACCACAAGAAGAAGGCCGCUAUGUUAGCGGUUAAUUUAUCUGGUUAACUUCAACUGCACUAGUGAAUAAUCCUCUUACAUAUGUACGGCACUUUAUAAUUAUGGUUGUGCGUGUUUGCACCGUUUAGCUCAGCACAUAGCAGUAUGUUGCCGCAACAUGCGCUUGUCGAUCCAUGCCACUGUUCUGCGUGUGAGUUCGUGGUCUGCUGUUGCAAAAUGUCAGAAGUCAAGAAAAAAGUAGUCAAAUCAUGCUAUGAAUAGUACUCCCUUCGAUCCAUAAUACAUAUCGUGAUUUUACUUUAAAUUCA